UGUGCAAGGAGUGAAAACGUCAGCGCUGCCGAAAAGGAAGCACGUGUUGUAUUUCUUGUUAACGAGAACACCUUUGAUAAACCAAGUAUUUUUUUAAUCGUUCACAUGCCAUUCGAGAAUACAAAAACUGGGAUCUACAGUGAAGAUAAACGUUUUCUCAGUUCAGGUUUACAAGCUGGCAAACAAUGUCACAGGCUACUAAACGCAAGCAUGUUGUCAAGGAGCAGACACUUGGGGACUAUGUCACACCUACUGAGAACCAACAGAUUGUGAAGGUUCUUGGUAGUCGUGGUAACAACCUGCACGAAGCUGUCACAGCCAAGGGGGAGAACUUUCUGGUCAGCAUGCCCCCUAAGUUCCGCAAAAACCUCUGGAUAAAGAGAGGUGAUUAUGUGAUUGUAGAUCCUAUAGAGGAGGGAGAGAAGGUCAGGGGAGAGAUCAGCUUCAUACUCUACAGAGAUCAUAUUCAACACCUGCACAAGUUAAGGCUCUGGCCGGAGGGCUUCAUAGACGAGGCACCAUUGGAGGUUAAAGUUGAGGAACAGCAGCCCAGAGAGGGGAGAAGAGAGAAGGUGGUAGAGGAGGACGGAAGUGAUCAUACUACUGACUCUGAGGAUGAUGAGAGUGAUCUCUUUGUCAACAUGAAUCGCUGUAAUGUCCAUUACAGUGAAAGCGAAGAGGACAGUGAAGAUGAGAAGAAGGAAGAGGAAACAGUGGAGGGCAGCUUGUUUUGAGGAGAUAAGAGACAAUUCACUGCUGUGGACAGAUGUUGACACAAGCACCCCUCCACUGUGGGUUAUACCUUCCAGCCUUACUCCAUGGCUCCAAUCAUUCAUAGAACAUUUUUAUUGUUUUGUGGCUUAUUUUGGGGAUUGACAUCUCAUGGACGUAGUAUAGGCAUGUUAUGUUUGUACGACUUGUUCUUAUACAACUUGUCCUAGAGAGAAUCAUGAACACGCUUUGCUGAAAAGGGGUGAACUGUGGAAACAUUUAAGUGAUCUGUGACAUUCCUGACAGAAGAUUGAAGAGGUUGUGUUAAUGUAUGUACAUAAUGAUUGUUUAAUAAAAAUUGUACUUGUGGUCUUUCA